AUCUCAGUUAUAGUUUAUUUACACUCGAACUCGACGACAGAGUCAGUUUGAACAGUGAACACGCACUGAUAGGAUCACCUCAGUUAAAACGUUUUAAAGUAUCGUAAAAACAACUUCUAAAAAUGAGAGAGAUUGUGCACUUGCAGGCUGGACAGUGUGGAAACCAAAUUGGUGCUAAGUUCUGGGAGGUUAUAUCUGAUGAACAUGGAAUCGAYCCCACUGGUACAUACCACGGCGACUCCGAUCUACAACUUGAACGAAUCAACGUAUACUACAACGAGGCAACCGGAGGUAAAUAUGUCCCUCGUGCCGUUCUUGUUGAUCUUGAGCCUGGMACCAUGGAUUCUGUACGAUCAGGACCAUUUGGACAGAUCUUUAGACCCGAUAACUUUGUUUUUGGUCAAAGUGGAGCAGGCAACAACUGGGCAAAAGGACAUUACACUGAAGGCGCAGAACUUGUCGACUCAGUUCUUGACGUAGUGAGAAAAGAAGCUGAGAGCUGCGAUUGUGUUCAAGGAUUCCAGCUGACGCAUUCUCUUGGUGGUGGUACUGGAUCUGGAAUGGGUACACUACUUAUUUCCAAAAUUCGCGAGGAGUAUCCAGACAGAAUAAUGAACACKUUCAGUGUAGUGCCAUCGCCUAAGGUGUCGGAUACAGUGGUGGAGCCAUACAAUGCUACAUUGUCUGUUCAUCAACUGGUGGAGAACACKGAUGAGACAUAUUGUAUUGAUAACGAAGCUCUGUAUGACAUUUGCUUCAGGACACUUAAAUUGACUACACCUACUUAUGGUGAUCUGAACCAUCUUGUCUCUGCUACCAUGAGUGGUGUCACCACUUGUUUGAGAUUCCCUGGACAGCUCAAUGCUGACUUGCGAAAACUUGCCGUCAACAUGGUACCAUUUCCACGUCUGCAUUUCUUHAUGCCUGGCUUUGCUCCAUUGACAAGUCGAGGAUCUCAGCAAUAYCGUGCCCUSACAGUCCCUGAGCUCACACAGCAGAUGUUUGAUGCCAAGAACAUGAUGGCUGCAUGUGAUCCCAGGCACGGUCGAUACCUCACUGUUGCUGCAAUGUUCCGRGGGCGAAUGUCCAUGAAGGAGGUUGAUGAGCAGAUGUUGAACGUGCAAAACAAAAACAGUUCUUACUUCGUCGAGUGGAUACCCAAUAACGUCAAAACUGCCGUCUGUGACAUCCCACCAAGAGGCCUUAAGAUGUCAAGUACUUUUGUUGGUAACAGCACCGCCAUACAAGAGCUUUUCAAAAGAAUCAGUGAACAGUUCACUGCUAUGUUUAGAAGAAAAGCUUUCCUUCAUUGGUAUACUGGUGAGGGAAUGGACGAGAUGGAAUUCACUGAGGCUGAAUCCAACAUGAAUGACUUAGUCUCAGAAUACCAACAGUACCAAGAUGCCACCGCAGAGGAAGAAGGAGAAUUUGACGAGGAAGAGGAGGGAGAAGAAGAAGCAGCAUAAAAAUAUCCAAAACAAUUUUAUCAUUGCUAAUU